CUCCUAAAAAUAGCCCCGGUGUGGGGAUCCGUGCGCGGAUGUCCCGGCGAGUCCGGGGCUGAAGGAGGCGUCUCCGGGCGACGCAGAGCGCUGGUGGCGGGUCCUGGCUGCAGCGUGUGUGCGUCCGCCAGCUGCUCCGGAGACACGGUGAGGGCCGCAAACGGCGGGGCUGGGUCCUCGGGGCCGGUGGUGUCAGGCCCGCGUUUCGACGAGGGGGCCAGGGAAUUGCAUUUUGUGAAAGAGGAACGAAAGAGAAUUUUCUGCAAGGAUCAUAUCUAAGUGCACUUUUUGUGGAUACAUCAUUUCUAAUCUUAUAGAAAAUUUCAGCUGUAGCCCUUGGACUAGAAGCUGAAAUAAUAGAAGCUGUGUACGAUGCAUUAGGGUAUUGAAGAAAAUUAAUUUUUGAAUUAAAUAUUUGGACUAUAAGGAAGGAAAGGUGACUGAAAAUGGGGCGGAAGAAAAUACAAAUCACACGCAUAAUGGAUGAAAGGAACCGACAGGUCACCUUCACAAAGAGGAAGUUCGGGUUAAUGAAGAAGGCCUACGAACUCAGCGUGCUCUGUGACUGUGAGAUCGCGCUCAUCAUCUUCAACAGCUCCAACAAGCUGUUCCAGUACGCCAGCACCGACAUGGACAAGGUGCUCCUCAAGUACACCGAGUACAACGAGCCGCACGAGAGCAGGACCAACUCGGACAUCGUCGAGGCUCUGAACAAGAAGGAACACAGAGGCUGCGACAGCCCAGACCCUGAUACUUCCUAUGUGCUAACUCCGCAUACAGAAGAAAAAUAUAAAAAAAUUAAUGAGGAAUUUGAUAAUAUGAUGCGGAAUCAUAAAAUCGCACCUGGUUUGCCGCCUCAGAACUUCUCAAUGUCCGUCACAGUCCCUGUGAGCAGCCCCAGCGCUUUGUCCUACACUAACCCCGGGAGCUCGCUUGUGUCCCCGUCCUUGGCAGCCAGCUCCGCGCUAGCAGAUUCCAGCAUGCUCUCUCCGCCUCAGGCCGCACUGCACAGAAACGUGUCCCCUGGCGCCCCUCAGAGACCACCCAGCACUGGUAGCGCAGGUGGGAUGUUGAGCACUUCAGACCUCACAGUGCCAAAUGGAGCUGGAAGCAGCCCAGUUGGGAAUGGAUUCGUAAACUCAAGAGCUUCUCCAAAUUUGAUCGGAACUACUGGUGCAAAUAGUUUAGGCAAAGUCAUGCCCACAAAGUCUCCCCCGCCACCAGGCGGCGGCAACCUAGGAAUGAACAGCCGGAAGCCGGACCUGCGCGUGGUCAUCCCCCCGUCCAGCAAGGGCAUGAUGCCGCCUCUGUCGGAGGAAGAGGAGUUGGAGUUGAACCCCCAGAGGAUAAACAGUUCUCAAGCCGCGCAGCCCCUCGCCACACCGGUCGUGUCCGUGACGACGCCCAGCCUGCCCCCGCAGGGGCUGGUCUACUCGGCCAUGCCGACCGCCUACAACACUGACUAUUCGCUGACCAGCGCGGACCUGUCGGCCCUGCAGGGCUUCGGCUCCCCGGGGAUGCUGUCUCUGGGGCAAGUGUCGGCCUGGCAGCAGCACCACUUAGGGCAAGCCGCCCUCAGCUCUUUGGUCUCUGGAGGGCAGUUAUCUCAGGGUUCGAAUUUAUCCAUCAACACCAACCAAAACAUCAACAUUAAGUCAGAACCAAUCUCACCUCCCCGGGAUCGCAUGACCCCGUCAGGCUUCCAGCAGCAGCAGCAGCAGCAGCAGCACCCGCCGCCGCCGCCGCCGCCGCCGCCCUCACAGCCCCCGCAGCCCCCGCAGCCCCCGCCCCAGGCGCGGCAGGAAGUGGGGCGCUCGCCUGUGGACAGCCUGAGCAGCUCGAGCAGCUCCUACGACGGCAGUGACCGGGAGGACCCGCGGGGGGACUUCCAUUCUCCCAUUGUGCUCGGCCGACCCCCAAACGCCGAGGACAGAGAAAGCCCUUCUGUGAAGCGGAUGAGGAUGGACGCCUGGGUGACCUAAGGCUCCCGGGCUGGUGGUUUGUACUGUGUCACUGCAGUGAGCUGCCCUACGUAUCUAAGUUGGUUGGUAAGGACAUGAGGUAAAUAUAUUUAUGUGCACAUACAUACAUAUCUGCCCUUCACGUAUGUAUGUAUGUGGGUGUGUGUGUGUGAGUGGGUGUGUGUUGCAAACACAGAAUCAGGCACUUACCUGCGAACUCCUUGUCGAUCUGCAGAUACGCGUCCCUGGCAAACCCAGCGCCCCGUAGGCAGAGUCUAGUCGGCACUUCCUGGACUACUUGUUUCACGAGAUAACCAGUUUUUGCAGAGAAACGUGUACCCAUAUGUCCUUCCCCCACAGUAGCUUGCAGAAACCUAGAGGGCCCCUACUCGUUUAAUUUAACUGUGCGGUGACUGUAGUACUUCAGAAAAAAUGCUUUGUAGAACAGAGCAGUAGAAAAGCAGGAACCAAGAAAGCAAUACUGUACAUAAAAUGUCAUUUAUAUUAACUACCCAACCUGGCAUGGGUCUCUUUUGCAAAGGGGUGCAUGGUAAAGGGCUGUUGAUAUUAAAAAACAAAAAAAGCCCCACACGUAACUGUUUUGCACGUGCAAAAAUGUAUUGGGUCAGAGAAGUGAUCUUUAGCUAAUAAAAGAGAGAAUAGAAAACACGCAUGAGAUCUUCAGAAAAUACUAGCCUAGAAAUAUAGAGCAUUAACAAAAUAAAUUAAUAUAUUAAGUUAUAAUUGGAAUAUGUCAGAAGUUUCUUUUUACAUUCGUAUCUUAAAAAAUAAACUGAUUUUAGCUCAUGUAUAUUUUAUAUGAAAGAAAACACCCUUAUGAAUUGAUGACUAUAUAUAAAAUUAUAUUCACUACUUUUGAAAACAUUCUGCUAUGAAUUAUUUAUAUAAGCCAAAGCUGUAUGUUUAAACUUUUUUUUAAGAGACUAGCUUUAUCUUGUUUUAACUUUUUAGUUUUAUUUUAAGAGGGAAAAAAUAUCUUGCAAGCAGAACCUUGGAAAAAAAAAGCCAUGAACACUUAUUAUUCUAUAUAUAAAUUAAAAGUUGAGCCAAACUUUCUGUAUAUAGCAUCUUAAAUAUAUUAUCACCUUUGAUGUAAGUACCUAUGUAUUGUAUGGUCACCAGAUUAAAAAGUAUAUUUUUGUGGAUUUGCCGCCAAUUUGGGGGGCGGGGGGAGGCGAGAUCCCUAUUAAGUAGAGUAUUCACUGUUUAAUAUUUACUAUUUUGUUAAAUAUACUGUACUUUGGAUUUUAAUUAUUAGCCCAGUCCUUUCAGGGGGUUGUGUAAAGGGGUCCCCCCUCACUGGUGGUGAGUGUGUGGUGUUGCAUUGUAAUCUUUGUGCCGUAUGGGUUGAGCAUCAUUAUAUAUUUUAUAUGUGUACAUAAAUAGCAAAGUGGCAAAAAAAAAAAAAUUGGUGUUAAGUUCAUCCUGCAUAAAUAUAAAAUGUGUUGUAACAGACUUUAUAAGGCAUUAUUUAAAACUUGCCUUUUGUGAGGAAAAAAUAGUAGAAAGAGCUGACCUAAUAUUAAAGAAACUGGCAGAACAGAUGAGCACAAAGGUUUUAUAAGUGGUAAAUGAUUAGGGAGCAUUCGGGGGGGCGGGGGCCCUUUUCCCCUUGACCCUCUGAAGCGAGACGAUGUAGCCCACUCGUGCGGACACGACACCCGUUGGGGGGAACCCUGCCGGGCAGCUCCGGGCGGCCUCGCCGCCCCCAACUCCGACCCUGACCGAGGCCUUACGUGUACCGGGGACAGCAGGUUCGCCCGCGUUCUGGGCUCGUGCCAUGAACAAAAUUCAAAGUCCUGUAGAUCUUUUGCCAUAGAUUUUUAAAUGCUACUUUUCCUGAGAAACUCAAAAUGAGGGUUUAAAAAUGCUGCUAUUUUAUAUUUUACACUUAAUAUUGAGCAGCUACCUACAAUUUGUACUUACGUUUUUGUCUCCCCCCUAAAUUGCAUUCCUUCGGAUGGUCUCCUUAGAUGCUCUUUGUGACAAAUCAUCAGGCAGGCUUUCUGGCUGGCACGUGGCUAUGAACCUGUGGCAUCCACAGCUGCGAAGUGCCAGCCCGUCUGAGGGCCGGUCUGGGUAGGCGGCUUUGAUGGCGGCCAAAGAGGGAGCGUGGCAGGCUCCCCCUCGUCAGUGCAGACUCACGGCUCGGCUCGCUCGGAAAGGACUCGUUUUUCUUUAAGACACGCUUCUUUUUCUGAACUACUUACUCACAGGCACAUUUCUUCAUGAGGUCACACCUGAUUGAAAUGAGACAGUCUCCCAACACUGAAUUUCCGAGAUAAUCCUUACCACUUGUAAACCAUUUAUAGCUUUGAAAGUGUUAAGUGAUCCUUCGUUGUUAUUUAUGCAUGUUCAUGAACUUCUGCUGUACAUUGGCAUAGGAGUUAACAGUCACAUUUACUGUCUAUUUUCUUGUGUGCCUUAUGAGAUGGCUUUUCUGACUGUAUCUCAAUAGUCUUUCUUUCUAUGCAGGUUUAUAAAUCAGUACAACUACUGUUUUCUAAAAUAAUAUUACACAAGGCUCGGAGUUUGUAUUUCAAUCACAAUGACCAAGGAACAAUGUAUUCCGUUUUCAGGAACUGAAUAUUAGACUGUUAGCCCUUUCCCCACACGCGCAGUGACCGGGAGCAUGUGGACGUGACAGACAGCCCGCACCACGACACACGUGCGAACACACACAGCUCCUGGCGGACGCCGCCUCAGACUGGGCAGGACACUAACGGGGUUACCUAGAACCUACAUUUCUUACCCUUUUAGACUCAUGUGUUUUGUAUGACACCAUCACAAGAAAAAUUUAUCCAUUCAGAUGAAGUAUUUUAUUACUAAAAGACAAAAACAAAAAAAGCUUAGCGCGAAUUGCACUGGUUACAGCACAGUGUCCAACAGCUGUGCUUUCUUCAGGACCCUAAUUACAUGGAGAGACGGUCACCACGGGAGGUCUACAGGUGGUCCCAACCAAAACUCCAUCUCGUGAGCCCUAAUUACGUCCAUUGUGUCAGAGACUAAGUCAGGGGUUUGUUCUAAGAGGAACAAUAUGUUUCACCAUUUCCUUUCACUAGAAGGACAACUAAUAAAGCAUUCACAUAUUUUCUGUACUAACCAUCAUGCGCACAAGAAAUACAUAGUAAAUAAGGAACCAGAAACUCCUGGCAUUGGAUCAUAAGAAGCUAGAUGAUUAUUAGAAUGUGAAAAAGAUUUUACAAUGUAAAACUUUUCUUUCUCUGUAGAAACUUUCUUCACUUUGCUGUGCAAGAAGACACUGCUUUGCUAUAUUUAAAAUGGCUUUUUUAAAAGAGAUUUAUGUAUUUGGUAAAUGUUUGUAGUCAACAGUUCACACGAGAAGCUGUACGCGGUUUGACCACGUAAAACCGUUUGGCGGCACAAGCUGGACUUUGUUGCCAUCCUUGAGAUGAAAACUAAGUUAAUCUCAAUUUCUCCCUGAUGUGUUGUUUUUUCUUCAUUAUACAAUAAAUAUUAUAGUGAACUUUUUAUCAAAUGGAUAAGAAAAUGCUAGAGGUUGUUGUAAACUAUUUGUAUCCUGCACUCACUACAGUAAAGACAGACUGGCUUUCCUGUGUACUCCAGACUCUGUCGUGUUUGCCCCCAGCC